GACUCGCUUCUUGCUGAACAUCCUAACGCAUGAACAAGAGCACCAGCUGAAUUUCGAAGUCAUCGCAUUAUAAUUGACACUGUCCCCCAUGAGCCUAACCGAGAUCACCAGCUUUAGUCUUCGCACUUCUGUUGCCUUCAAUCCUAUGCUUGUCCUAGAGAUCCUUCGGCAAUUCUGUGCUGCAAGAUGCAAACGAUCUGGCACUAUCUGGAAAGCAUAUCAGGAGAAAGAAGAUUACAAGGUCUUCUAUACCGUCGGAGGCUGGGCUGAUGCUGCAGCACAUGCAUCUGACCAAGUCAAUCAAGAGGACGAGAAGCUCAUGAGCAUGCUGGAUGCAUGUUUUGAAAGACCAGAGACAAAGCUCUACAUAUUGAGGUCUGACCGUAUCACUGCCAUAAAAGGCUCUAUUCUUCAGCUCGAGACAGCUGUCGUGUUGGACCAUGCUUCAGUCAACGCUGUCUUGGAACAUUAUUAUGCAAGUACAACGACAUUGGCUGAGAGUCACUGGAGUGCUUCGGGCCUAUCAACCGAUUGCAAAGGGCUGGUCUUUGUCAGAGAUCUAGCCGACAAGGCAGCUGACCUUCUAUCCUUGGAACACGGGGCCUAUCAGGCUCUCAGGUCUGCUAUAGAGGUGCACACUUCCGACUGGCAGUCGAAUUCGGAUUCUCUGCUCGAACUACUAGAUCUAUUCAUCUGUAUCGUCACGAAAGCUGAGAUGAGUCCCCUUAGAGUUGCUAUUCUUGGUGCUGGCAUCUUUGUCAAGGAAGAACACUUGCCUAGUGUGCUUGCGAGCCCGAAUUUCGAGCUAAAGGCUCUGUACUCGCGAAGUGCAUCUUCGCUGAAGGACCUCAUACAGGGCAACGAAGCUGCUUCUCGCGUUGAUUUGUAUUUCUCCAAGGAUGAUGAAAAUCUGUACCCUGACCGAAAGACAGCGACGCUCGAAGCUCUGCUGAAUCGCCAGGACAUUGACGCCGUUAUCAUUGCUUUACCUAUUCUCGUCCAGCCAGAUAUCAUUAAACAGUGCUUGACAGCUGGCAAGCAUGUCAUCGCGGAAAAGCCGGUAGCCAAGGACAUUGCGACUGCGCGAAAUCUGAUUGCAUUCGCGACGAGGCAGAAGCCUAUGCUUGCGAUUGCUGAGAAUUAUCGCAUGGAAUCGCAUACCAUCAAGGCAAAGGAGCUCGUCGCUUCUGGCGUUUUGGGAAAGAUUCAUUAUGUCAAUUACAGGAUGCUUGGCAACGUACAAAAGGGUUCAAAGUACUUCGAGACAGCAUGGAGGAAGGAGCCUCAAUACCAAGGAGGCUUCGUCUUGGACGGGGGUGUUCACUGGGUGGCAGCGAUCCGUGACGUCCUCGGCUGUGAUAUGCUUCGAGUGGGCGCAAUUGUGACACUCAAUCGCGAGCAUCUGCUUCCCUGCGACCAAGUCCUGGCCAAUAUUGUCAUGCAGGAUGGGACACCAGUCAACUUUUUCGUGUCCUUCGCUUCAGAAUGGUCCAAUAUGGACGAAGCCUUCAUCGUGUCUGGUGACAAGGGGUAUCUGUCCAUCAAGCCUGGGCAGGUCACGCUCGUUGUGAAUGGCGAAACCACAGUGUUCGACACCUCCAAAUCUCCAGUCGAUUGGCCUGUGUCGAGCCAGCAAGGUGUGUAUAGCGAGCUCGAAGCCUUCGCAGCCGCCGUCAAGCAGAACAUGCCUGACGAGCGUCUCUCUCCAGAGAAUGCGUUCAAAGACCUCGCUGCUAUCGAGACAAUACUUGAGUCUGGCAAGAAGGAUGGGCAGCCAUUGGACAUUCCAACAUUGUAA